GCUGUUGUAUGAACAAGAAGCUGCUAUUGAAUAAGUGAUUAAACAUAAAUAAUCAAGAUGUGUUAUUCAUUAAAUAAAUUAAAAAAAUCAAGAUCCGGCUAUUUUACGACUGCAAAUGGAAGAAAAAUAACUUUCUUUUUAGCAGGCAGUACAGCUGUUGGGCUCUUGCUCAUAAAUUUUGUACCACAUACCAUAGGGUUAAAUUAUUAUAAAAACUUUAUUCAAUGCUAUAGAGAUGGGCAGCCACUUCCAAUUUCCGAGAAAGUGAAUGAGAGAUUUCGUCGGGCUAAAGAGAUUUUAAAUAUCAAAAAAGAUAAUUAUCCAAUUGAAACGUUUUCGGUUUUUGGUUUCGAUUUAUUUAAUGCCGGAUAUACAAAAUCGCGCUUUGGAGUUAAAAUCGGCAUACCUGUGAAUUACGACUACGACUCCAUUGAAUCAGUAAAAUGGGAUCAAAUCAAAUAUCUGAAUAAAGAUAUAAAUUGGGAUACGGAAAAUGGAAAACUUUUAAAACAUUCAAUUGUUCUAACUGAAGGUGAACAAAUAUUUGGAUUGUGUAAAGCGCUACUACAAGCCCAAGCACACGGCGUUAUUCUUAAUUCUAUAUAUCCGACCUUCUCCUUUAUUAUGAUAUACACGAUUGCACGUUAUUUAAAUCUUAGUUUGGGACUUCUGGCAAGGCCUUUAAGCCUCCGAAUGGUUAUGUACACGAUUUUAGGAUUUUUUGGGUACGGCUCAUGGUGCUUCAUGAAGGACUACACGCAGAUCUCCUCCGACACCGAAGUAGAUAAGAGGCUUUCAGCUUUGGGUCCAGAAUUUGUGACUGCUGGAAUUAAUUUUUAUGACAAGCAGCUGAGCAAAAACAUUGCUUUACGUGAGCUAAUGGGUGAUGAUACUUAUACGGCAAAAGGCAAUGUUAACUAUAUUUUGCGACAGAAAUCCUUACCACUUACAAUUAGAAAAUCAUUUUUUGAAGACUUGUGCAGGAAGCAAAAUGAAGAAUUAGCAAGCAGCGCAAUUUAAAUCAAAAAAAUACAUUAGUAUGGACACACUAUUGGAAAAAUAAUAAUGUUCAUUUUUAUUUAAAUGAGAGCUAUGCUUAGACGAAUAUUAUAAUUAAACAUUGGUGACACAGCAGCAGCAGCAUUUUCUAUAGUCUUUUUUAAGACAUGCUCCGUUAUCGAUUAAACCAGUUUUAGGGAUCUUACAGCAUUUGAAGUAACGGUCUUGUAGUUGGUGUAAAUAAAAAUAUAACGCAUUUUUCACGCAUUCCUACAAUCACUAGGAAUAUCUUGAAGACGGAUUUAUCUUUUUUAAAUUUAUAUAGCAAGUCCCUUUAAAGGUUA